AUGGUUUUACUCUCUUUCUAUCUAUCUAUCUAUCUAUCUAUCUAUCUAUCUAUCUUCUUUCAUAGGUCGCACAUUUGGCUGCCCAUUUUGCUGAAGCCAGUUCAUAGGUCGCACAUUCGGCUGCGCCUUUUGCUGAAACCAGUUCAUAGGUCGCACCUUCGGCUGCACUUUUUGCUGAAACCAGUUCAUAGGUCGCACAUUCGGCUGCCUCUUUUGCUGAAACCAGUUCAUAGGUCGCACAUUCGGCUCGCCAUUUUGCAGAAACCAGUUCAUAGGUCGCACAUUCGGCUGCCCCUUUUGCUGAAACCAGUUCAUAGGUCGCACAUUCGGCUGCGCCUUUUGCUGAAAUCAGUUCAUAGGUCGCACAUUUGGCUGCCCCUUUUGCUGAAGCCAGUUCAUAGGUCGCACAUUCGGCUGCGCCUUUUGCUGAAACCAGUUCAUAGGUCGCACUUUCGGCUGCACUUUUUGCUGAAACCAGUUCAUAGGUCGCACCUUCGGCUGCCCCUUUUGCUGAAACCAGUUCAUAGGUCGCACAUUCGGCUCGCCCUUUUGCUGAAACCAGUUCAUAGGUCGCACCUUCGGCUGCCCCUUUUGUUGAAACCAGUUCAUAGGUCACACAUUCGGCUGCCCCGUUUGCUGAAACCAGUUCAUAGGUUGCACAUUCGGCUGCGCAUUUGCUGUACCCAGUUCAUAUGUCGCACCUUCGGCUGCCCCUUUUGCUGGAACCAGCUCAUAGGUCGCACCUUCGGCUGCCCCUUUUGCUGA